CUUAUCUCCUUCAAACAGAUGGAAAAUUGUUAAUAGGAGGUGAUACUUUGAUAGAGAGCGAGAGAGAAAGAAGUGAGGAAUAUUGGCUAUGGCGUUGGCUUGGGCGUUGCCUUCUUCAGCAUCACCAUUUAUUUCUUCUCUGCAAACUCGAAAGCAAGCUUAUAAUUUCGCCUCAUCAAGAAAUUCCUUUCAACGCUUUGUUACUCGUUCCAGUUUCUCUGAUUCCUCUGCUGGUCUUUUCCUAGCCGCCAAACAUGCAGUGGAUUCUUAUGUGAAGAGUGGUAUGGUAAUAGGAUUAGGUUCAGGUCAUGCUUCUGCUUUGGCUAUACAAUAUCUAGGUCAGCAACUUAGGGUUGGUGCUAUAAAAGAUGUCACCGGCAUACCCACAUGUGUUGGCAGCGCAAGUGAAGCAGCAAAGGCAGGAAUACCCUUGGAACAGUACAAUGAUAGUUAUAAGAUUGACCUAGCAUUUGAUGAUGCUGAUACUAUGGAAGAAGAAACACUUGCAGCAAUCAUUGGGCGUCGGAAACUGCAGGGUGAUGAUUCUAUAAUUCAAGAGAAGAUUAUUCUGGAAGCAGCUGAUAAACUGAUUCUUAUUAUAAAGGAAAAACAAUUCAAGGGCAGUGUAGAUGGUUCAAUUCCAGUACUAAUUAAAUCUGUUAACUGGCUUGAGACAGCUGAAGAAAUAGAUGACCUCUUCCUAGGGGAUGCGGAGGUUUGGAGGAGGCCAGCUAUAGGGUAUGCAGGUCCACUGGGAGGUGAUUUCCCUUUAGUCACUAAAGAAGGGCACAACAUUCUUGAUGUCAUAUUUACGUCUCCAAUGGAAAGCCUUGUUGAAGUGGCUAAAACUCUCGAUCAAAUUGAUGGUGUUGUGGAACAUGGCGUCAUCUUCAGGAACCCGUGCACAGCAAUCAUUGCCUCAGAAAAUGGGCUACAGAUUGUUGAUAAUACAAUUCAGAUGGAAUCAAGCAAUCUUUAGGGGCAAAGCUUAGCUGAGUGGAUGACAUAUUUUAUGAGCUUGCCACUGUUUUCUAUUUUAAGUGUUCUGAAUCUUUUUGACGUGGAGGAAGGCAAGAUAUCUUUGGGUACAUUUCAAGUUCUUAUUAUAGGGCAUGUUUUGUUAAACAAUAAGAUGCUUUUACAAUUUGUUUUUGGAGUAGGAAGAGAAGAAAACGGAAAAAGGAGAAGUGUGGACAAUUUCUUUUUGUCCCAUUGGUUAAAGAGCGGAACACUAGUUCUUUUCUUCACUUUCA